AUGACUUUAGUGAAAGUUCUCGUGCGGCCCGAUUAUCCUAUUGCACCCGGAAUUGAAAAGCUCACUCCGCUCGAUCAAUUUACAGUGCGCAUGUACAUGCCAUUGUCAUGUCUCUUCCAGAUUGAUUCACCAACGCUUCGCCCUACGAUCCUUCGCAAUCUACAAUCAGGACUUGCUAACACCAUUGAGGAUGUGAACUUCCUAGCCGGCACCAUUGUGCGAGAGUCUCCGGAGAACGAUUAUAUACAACUAAAAUACGAUGAACAAGGUGCCGGUGUAUGGUUCUAUCAUCAAACUUUGGAAGAAAUCAAUUACAAGGACUUAGUGGAUUCACACUUCCUCUUUUCUGAUGAAUUUGCGGAUACAUUUGUUCCUAAGCCGCACGUCCAUUUGGAGCCUUGUCCGGUGCUGACAGCCCAAGCCACGUUUAUCAAUGGCGGGCUUGUGCUUACGAUCAGCCUCCAUCAUAGUCUUGUUGAUGCGCAGGGGGCUGCCACAGUUAUUGAGUUGUGGUCCAAGCAUACCGUGGCCGAGUCCGAAGGGCGAAUUUUGCCAGACAAUGAGAGACCAUCUCGCGAUUGUAUGGAUUCAUAUAGUCUCUCUUGGGGACGUACUCAAAUUCCAAGGUCGGAUUUUCAUCCUUACUUUCCCCAGCCCAUUCGAGGUUACGAGAAAAGUCAGGAGAAGGUUAUGCAAGCAGCUCUUGCGGGUCGUCGAGAAGAGCUAAGUACCGUGGUGAAACUCUCUCAUUGGUCUUUAUCCGCAGACGCCAUUAACGAGCUUAAGAGAGUAGCUGCACCAAAAUCUGUUGACCUCCCAACGGUAACAGAAAAUUCAAUUCUGUCAGCCUUCAUCUGGCAUAGAGUCUCUUUCGCACGGCAGUUAUCAAUGCACCAAGUUUCUUCCAGUUCUUUGUUUACAACAGUAAACUUGCGGCGUCGAAUGGAUCCACCAUUACCCGCGGGAUUCCUACGGAAUGCAGUAGUUCUCGGAAAGGCAGCUGCUAGUACGCCUCAGUUAGAAGCUCCUCUAUCAGAUGCAAUUUAUCCUCUUGCCAGAUCGAUUGGGGAAGGAAUUGAUUGGUGGACUUCUGAGCGGAUCUGGGAUUUUACCAGCUCUAUUGAAUCCUGGUCAAAGACUAGCGCGCAAGCCUUUCCAUCUAUGGACCAGGAUCUAUUUGUUACCAUUCCUUCUAGACUGGGUGACCUCAUUUGGAAAUCAUUUUGGGGAAGUGAGGUCGGCCAGGUCAAGGAAUUACGAUCUGCCGCCAUAGGCUACUUUGAUGGCAUUGCUCUUGUGUUGCCAACGGCGCGUGGAGGACAGGAAAUUAUGCUGUGGACAACAAAAGACGCAUUACAACGACUUCAAGCAGACUCUGAAUGGAUACGUUGGGCAGAAUUCUUGGGUUGA